AUGGGGUCUUGUUCAUUCCUCCUUAUUUUCAUCCCGAUUGUACUCGCAUUGCUUAUUCAAACAGUCGCAUGUCUUCAUCAAAAAGUAACCGGGUCGGCCCAUUUGUAUGAGACCCGGUAUACUACCCUUAUUCCUGCGGAAAUUGCGCCCACGACGUCCCUGAUUAUUGACACCUUUCAAAACCCAACCCACAACGAUCUGGGGUUCUGGCAUGGUGCUGGAGAGGGUCUGACUACGGAAUAUACGCCGGGAUUCAUUCGACUAUACCCUACAGACCCGGAUCAGAACUUUCACACACAGUUUGAAACGAACGGAUGCUUCAGCUUGCUCCCUUGGCAGAACCAGUUCCUUCAUGUUGUCUUUGAUGGCUCGGAAGACUUCAGCAUCUCUAUGAACGAACAUAACUCUGAUUGCUACACGUACCGCAGUCCGUUUCCUGGCACCCCAGAUAGUGUGGAAGCAGCUCGGUAUGUGAUGAGAACCAGAGGUGACUCGCGUACAGAUGGGCCCGACAAUGAAGAUGGCCAGAAAGUACCGGCCAAUCCGACAAACACAGGACCCCCAUGGUCAAAGAAUGGCCAAUCUCGAAAGCCCAAGUGCGACGAGGAAGAUCGUGGUCCUACUUCUCCGGAAAAGACUGAGAUAUUUGUUCCCCUGUCUCAUUUCCGAAUCAAUCAUAGUCGCGUCGUGUCUAUUUCCUUUUCUGGAUUCUACAGCAACGUGUCUAUGGCUCUUCAUCGUAUCGAAAUUGUUCCGAAAGUCCCACCACCCUCCCCGGAGAAUCAGCACUUCAUCAUACCUGAAAAUCUACCCACUGGCACUUUGGUUCUGCGCUGUUCUCGCCCCAACUCGUUUGCAUUUGGAAUCGAUGACGGGUCACCUCAGUUUGCUCAGGAAGUCAUGCGAAUUCUUGACGCAGAAAAUGUCAAGGUAACGUUCUUCGCCGUUGGAGCUGGACUCAGCGACAAAUCCACCAACUUUACAGAAUUUUACAAAGAGAUGCUCCAGAAAGGACACCAAGUUGCAUUGCACUCAAAUACACACCCGAAAAUGGAAGCUUUGCCAACUGCGGCUAAGAUUGACGAAGAGAUUGUCGAUACCCUUCGAGUCUUCAAGGAUCAACUAAACAUUGAGUCACGAUACUUCCGACCACCAUUCGGAACCAUAGGAGCCCGCAUGAGACAAGAGCUCGCAAAAUACAUCCACAACCCUUAUAUCGUCAAUUGGACUGUGGACAUUGAAGAUUGGAAAUGGGCCAACACGUCUGUUCCAGAAAGACAGCUUCAAGCAUUCUAUCGCGGCGUUGCCAUGGGUGGUAAUCUUGCCGUGAUGCACUUUUUGAACCCAACUACCGUGGACUACCUCCCAGAGUUCAUACGACAUGUGAAAGAGUCCGGGCUUAAGAUCAUGCGGAUUGAUCAGUGCUUGGAGGACCCCGACAGUCCACCGCUGUGA